AUGCCUAGCAACCAGGAGUCGUCCUUAAUUGUCCACAACGACGAUUCUUCCAUGGCAACCGAGUUUUCAGUAAUUCUCGAACGAAUGCAAGAAAUGGCUACAAUUACAGAAGAGCUUGUUCGAAAGUGUGCAGAACACAAUGAAAGAGAAAUAUUUAGCUUAGAAGAGUUAUCUUUGCACCAAAGGAAUAUAAUUAAAAUACAAAACAUCGAUAGAUGGUGUCGGGACCUGAAAAUCCUUUACUUGCACAGUAACUUAAUAUCGAAAAUUGAAAAUCUCAGUCGAUUGAAGAAAUUAGAAUAUGCGAAUUUUACUCUGAACAAUAUUACAAAGAUUGAAAACUUGGAAGGUUGUGAAUCGUUAAGGAAGUUGGAUUUUACUGCUAAUUUUAUUGGGGAACUCACAUCAGUAGAAGGUUUGAGUGACAAUUUUAAUUUGGAAGAACUAUAUCUUACCGGAAAUCCUUGUACAGAGUUUGAAGGGUACCGACAGUAUGUUAUAGCAGCGUUACCACAACUCACGAGGUUGGAUGGACAAAAAAUAAAGAAAUCAGAAAGAAUCCUAGCAAUGCAGGUAGGGAUAAAUAUCGAAACUUCAAGUCAUUUUAGUGAAGAUUCUGCAGAUGAAGAAGUACUAAACUUAGAAAAUGAAAAGAGGUUCUGGAAAGAGAAAACCAGCCACACACCGCAGACCCGCAUAGAUAUAUACAAGCAAAUAGAAAAGUCAAAAAGAAAAGACAGCGUAAAGGAGAAAAAUGAGAAGCCCUCUACAAGGUUUACGACAGAUGAUGGUCGUAUUUUAAAUAUGAAUGAACCAAAGAUUGAUUUUGAUUUCAUCGAUGAUGAAGAAAACAAUUGCUAUAGGCUGGAUCUAGCAAUUUACAGGUACUUGGAUACAUCUUUACUAGAAGUUGAUGUCCAACCCAAUUACGUUCGUGUUAAAGUUAAAGGCAAAUACUUCCAAUUACUGUUGCCGCAAGAGGUUCAUCCAGAUAUCAGCACUUCUUUGAGGUCCCAGACAACAGGCCACUUACUCAUCACCAUGCCCAAAGCAAAUAAAGUUUUGAAAAAGAGAGAAAACAAAGAACGUUCAAAAUGUUUUCCAAAUAAACUUGAUUCUGAACUUGAGGUUAAAAAAGAGGAAGGAAACAAUACCUUGGAAGUCACCCCAACCAUAAUCGACACAAUUCAUGAAAUAGCUCAUCAUACUAGCGAUAAGAAUGACAAAACCUCUUGUGUUUCUGAAACAGAACCAUUACCAAACGAGGACAAAGAAUUCAUUGACAACCCUGAUGUACCACCUUUAAUAUGACUGACCAUCUUCAAUGCACGACUCUCAA